AUGGAGAUAGUUAAACCUCAAUGGAGGAAGCCUCCUCUAUCUUCAAACGACGCCGUUUCAACACUCCCUCUCUACCGCUCCGCCCCUUCUCUCGAAGUCAGACUCGAAGAUUUCGAGCUCUACGCCAUCGAUCGCCUUCGCGUUUUAAAAGGAAUAUCUGAUGGACUUUCUCGGGGAAAGAGACAGGAAGAAAUGGAGAAAUUAGUAAAAGAUUUGUGGAAAGCAAAUAUGAGGCAUCCACUUGCAUUAGAAGUUACUAACAAAGAUAUUAUAUCUCACUUUGUUUUGCGUCUCGUAUAUUGUAGAACGGAGGAGCUGAGGAAAUGGUUCCUUGCCAAUGAGACUGCGCUUUUUAGAUACAGGUUUUGGCUUCUAUCCACUGAAGCUCAGAGGGCUCUUAUGGCGGAGUUUGAUCUUCCAUACAAGCCUGUUACUACUGCAGAAUUUGAGGAUGUAAAAGACAAAUUGCAACUAGUUGCACGCUCAAUUGUUCAGCCUAAACCCACUGUAUCUGAUGCCAUAUUCUACAAGGUACCAUUUGAAGAAGUUCCAGAACUUGUGGCUGGUCGUAGAGUUUUCAUCUGCAAGGGGUAUGCUUAUGUUGCUCUGAAUCAGGUUGUUUCCCUUCUUGUUACCCAAUUCCGUGGUCUUCUAUCCAAAGCACUUGUUCUAACAAACAGAAAAUGGACAUCUACCAUCAGAGAACAAGAGAAGGAUCGCCUAACUCCCAUCGUGGAGGCACUGUGCACAAGCUAUCUGGGUCCUGACUAUUCUCAGCCAAAAGAAUUUGCUGAAAUAUCAAUUAAAGACCUGGACCAAGUAGCUAAGAGUUCAUUUCCCCUGUGCAUGCGGCACCUGUUUGAAAAGCUCAGAGAAGAUCAUCACUUAAAGCAUGGAGGGAGGAUGCAAUUGGGUCUCUUUCUCAAGUUACUUGCACAAUUUGCUGUAGACAAUCUACCUUCUGGCUCCGUUCCUGUUUCUUAUCUAUAUCUGACAAAGAGCUCUAUAGCAGUCGGUGUUGGAUUGAAAUUGGAUGAUGCUCUUGCAUUCUGGAAAGCAGAGUUCUCCCGAAAGACUGGAGCUGAGAGGUUUGACAAAGAAUAUGCAUACGGCAUUCGCCACAAUUAUGGAAGAGAAGGGAAGAGAACAGAAAACUUGAAGGCUGCACUCAGUAGAAUGGGAGUAAAUAGUGGUGCAGUGGAAACUGUAAUGGACAAAGUUCAAAACAGACAUUAUCAGUUGGCUUGCACGUUAACUUUUGAAGCUAUUCAUGGCUUGUCACAUGAUGCUGGGAUUAACCAUCCUAACCAAUACUUCAGUGACAGCCAAAAGAUUCUCAAAUCUAAGCACGCUAUUCGCUUGGGUGUAUUUUGGGUUAUUGCGUUGCCAACAUUAGUUGACUUGAUUGGGGGUUUGUUGUUAGCAGGUCUAGGUCUGCCCAAUCGUUAA